CUCACAUAUGUGGUGAACAAAAUAAUGUAAAUAGAAAACAGCUGAUUGCUAUUCAAAUUAUUCGUUAAAAUGGACUGUUCUGCAACUAAACUCAAACACGAUAGAGCUACACACGAGCAACUGGAGGCAUAUGUUUUAUUUUGCCAAGCACACCCAGAAAUGGGUACGGGGAAAAAUUGCCCAAAAACGCCUCAACAAAUGAAGGAGCUGUUGCAGCAGCUGGCAGAUGAGCUUAAUUCGUGCAGAGGACCCAUACGAAGUGCUGCAAAAUGAAAAGAGACGUUAGGCGUUUGGAAAAGCCAACUGCGCACUCGUGCAAGACGUUUGAAAAAGAAUCAAAGGCUCACAGGUGGAGGUCAAAUUUCCAAGCCGAUGACGGACUUUGAAGAAAUGGCUUUGUCUACAUUUGGUUCGGCUGCUGUAGAUGGGAUACAAAAUGUACAAAUGUGAAUGUGCAAAUACAUCACCCACCGGUAGUCCUCUGCAAUUAAGCAGACAGGUAGAAGCAACCACAAAUCCCGAACACCAUCCAGCAAGUUCAUCGACACCAACUACAUAUCUCAGCUUGGAAAACCAUGAUGCUUCAACUUCUGUGCUAGCACGAAGUGCGCGAAAUAAGCUCAUCAGAACUUUAAUAGCUGACAUUCCCAAAAGGAAUGCUGCUGAAGAGGAGAGGCGACGGGAGCAUCGUGAAAUGAUGCAGGCCAUUCAAGGCCUAACUAAUUCUAUAACGGAGCUAAUAAAAUCGUAUACUAAUAAUGUAAACUAAUUUCUAAAGUAUAAUUUAAACUAACU